AUGGAACCCAUUCCUAAUGGGCAACGGCCCACUGCUAUACGUAUAGACAUCCCAACUAGUCAGGCAUUACCAGUCAUGAUCAACUAUAAUCAGCUUUUGGCAGAAAAAAAGGAAAAGAUCCCUCUCAGUGCAAUGGAAUUAGCCGAUCGCGAUAUGGAUUAUGAGUUUCGUAGAUUAAUGGAAGAACAGGCUGCCCAAAACGAUUACCGGGAUGACGACGACGAUGAUAUAAAUUCCGACGAUCUAGAUUCAGAGGAUGAUCAUGGUGAUGGUGAGCGCCGCAUUGCAGAGCAUGAAUACGAUGUCGACGAUCCGUUUAUUGAUGAUAGUGAUAUGCUUCUCGAUAAUCCCUGUGAGAUCUCUGCCCCGGAGAGACAAGGCUAUUUUGUUUAUUAUGGUGCUUGGAAAGGUGAUCCAAAUGAGCAAAAGGAGGAGGAAGAAAUUGAGAAAAAGGCACCAAAGAAACGAUCGACAAAACCCAAGGCACCACCUGCACCGCCAAAGAAAGACAAACCUACCAAGGCGGCCCCCGUCAAACGUACACCCGAGACAAUUGAACUGUCAGACGAUGACGACAUCCCAGGAUUAGAGUACGUUGACGACAUGGAAGAUACUCAGCCAACACCAGGAGGAUCUACACAAUUUAAUAAAAAAGAGCGCUCUGUGGAGGAAGAUAGAGGUUGGGAUGUGACCUUGGACCGAAAAAGUAGCACACCUACUCAAGAAGGGGGAUCUCAUGAAAAGAAAAAGAAGGCCGGGAAAGUGGCUCUUGCUCCACUUAGUCCGGAAGUACAAGCACUUAUGGAUAAGCUGGAUGAAGAUGUAAAACAUGAAUCUUUUGAAAACAAGGCAAGAUUUCCUACAAGCCUGCGCCCAGCGGUACUUGAGGCAGGUGCUAUUGUUUUCAGACAAUUAAACAUGAUCGAUGACAACCUUGUUGGCCACCUCAUGCGGAUCCUCCCUUACAACCGAUUUACACUCCGAAAAUAUAUUAUUACCAAGGCUGGCCCUGGGCGUCUAGCAGAGCUUCAGAGAGAAAUCGAUACUCUCGAGGCUCAGCUUAAAGCUAAAGUAGACAAGGCUAUGCCGGAACAACUAAGGCUUCACCAAGAAAAGGUGACUGCAUCUCGAGCCGAGGGUUUACCAGAUCGACCUGAAGAGAAUCCAGCAUUGGUGAAGAAGUUUAAAUGGACAGACGAAGAGCGACAGAUUGUAUUUGAGAUUAUUAAGAAUGUUAAUGCUAUUACAACUAUCACAAAUGAAAUAGGGAUUAGUUCGUUUGCAGCCAAACCACCGCCUACAGUGGCAGAAGUGUCUGCUCGCAAGCUGAUGUAUCUUCGUCUACUCCCAUGUUGGCCAGAUGGUUGGAUGGCAACUAUUGAGAUGAGCCGUCAACUGAGUCAGUACAAGGUUAAGGAAGGCAAGAAAGUCCAGCAAGAUGAGACAAGACUUUCUCAAAAUCAAGGUGCUGCUCCACAAGGUGUAAAAAGAAGUGUUUCAAUGACGUUUGGGCCAGAACCACCUCGCCAGCAUGUAUCACCUAGUCUAUCAACAGAGCCCGUGCGUAAGAAAGGUAUUCCGAUAAUCCGCUUGUCUUACAAUGCCCCUAAUACAUUUGAUUGUUCUCUAGUGUCUCCGUUUGUUCCCAGCAAGGGAGUCCCACCCAUUACUUCUCAAGACAGAAUGCUUUGGCAAAAGUCGCCUUCAAUGAAGAUUGAGUCAUUAAUUAGCAAACCAGCUGAAAAAUAG